AUGGAGGUCAAGAAAGACCCAGCAUACACUAUUGAUGAUGAUAAUCUAUCGUCUGCAGAGGGACAAUUCGAUGUUACCAGCGCUGCAUAUCGUCGACUGCCUGAAUCCCUUCGGGGACUGGGUGAGGAUGAGAUUGCCAGGCUGAACAAGAAGAUUGUCCGAAAGAUCGAUCUCCUCGUCCUUCCUACCAUCGGUAUUCUCUAUAUUCUCAACUACAUCGACCGGCAGAACCUUGCCUCUGCAAAACUUCAGGGAAUCACCGACGACCUGAACAUGACAACCGAACAGUUUGCGACAGCCGUUAGUAUCCUGUUCGUGGGCUAUCUGCCUUUCCAGAUUCCCAGCAACCUGCUCAUCACGAAGAUCUCUCGCCCUGGAAUGUAUAUAUGUGCUGCCGUGGCACUCUGGGGCUGCAUCUCUGCUGCAACAGCUGCUGUCCAGAGCUAUGGUCAACUUCUCGCCGUCCGAGCCAUUCUUGGAGCAGCCGAAGCCGUCUUCUUCCCCGGUGCUAUCUAUUAUCUCUCUGCCUGGUACACAAAGGUCGAGCUCGGCAAGCGAAUUGCUGGCUUGUAUAUUGCACAGCAAGUGGGCAAUGCCUUUGGCGGCCUCUUCGCUGCUGCUAUCUUACAGCUCGACGGUGUGCAUGGUAUCCGCGGCUGGCGAUGGCUUUUCAUCAUUGAAGGCAGCGCUACGGUUGGAAUCGGUGUCAUCUGUGCUUGUAUCAUGCCAGAGUUCCCUCACAACAGUCGCAUCCUCUCUUCAGAACAGCGUGCCCUCGCUGUAUGGCGUAUCGAAUCCGAAGCUGGUGCAGCUGAGGGAACUGAAAAGGAGAGUGUGCUUCGAGGCUUUGCCAAAGCCUUGUCCGACCCCAAGCUGAUUCUCCUGAUUCUCUGCAACAUGCUUUCCCAAGUCCAGGGGUCCAUUGCCAACUAUUUCCCUACCUUGGUGGCCUCUUUGAACUUCUCCCACACUAUCAGUCUGCUUUUGACCGCACCACCAUACAUCCUCGCCGGUGCCGUCUAUUAUGUGAUCAUGUACUACUCCGAUCGCAAGAACACCGUCUACCCACUCAUCCUGAUGUGCAUUGCCAUAUCAGUCGCCAUGUACAUCAUCUCGAUGACCACACUGAACGUGGGUGCACGAUACUUCUCAAUGGUCAUCCUACCAUUUGCCUCUGUGGGGCCUCAGCUUCUUCUAUACAAGACCAUCAACCUUCAUCUUGCACGUCCCAUCUCCAAACGUGCGGCUGCCUCUGCCUUGGUCAACGCCAUUGGAGGUACAUCGAACAUCUGGGCAUCGUAUCUGUACUAUUCGUCGCCGCAUUUCUAUGCGGCGUUCGGGGCUCUCAUGGCCUCUGCGCUGUUGCUCGGCGUGACUAUCACUGCCUAUCGCUGGCUGGUCCUGCGUGAGAACAGGCGAUUGGAUUCUGGCGAUCCUGAUGAGAUUGCAAAGGCUAUCAAGGGCGGUGUUACCGAGGAGAUGGUGCAACUCAAUUGGCGAUAUGAAAUGUACUAA